AGUGCAUGGUGUCUUUUACUGCAUGCCGUUUCUGUGAAAGAAAUUUCUUUCCCAUUUAAAUUUGCAUGGUCUCUAGAAGUGCUGCUGUGACUGUGGCUCACAAAUCAUGUUACGUUACAGAGAAACGUAGCUCUCCCAUGGAAAAAAUGACAAUGUGGAGAUAGUGCUUGCUGCUGAUUAUGGUAUCCCAAAGAAAAAGUGGCAGAAACAGGAAAGGAGGGAAAUGUCUCACUGAGGGGAAUCCCAAGUUGCCUGAAGUUUCACAUAAUAAAGACCUGUCAGUAUACUGAAAACCCAAAGGAAAGGAAUAGGAAUGAAUGAAUGACAUCUGUUCCCUUUUUAAAAUUCAAAAACAAAGAGAAAGUAUUGUGACACCUUAAAAACUAGCAAGAAUAUUAUUUUAUUCAGGCAACCCAAGUUGGGUAGCCACCAAAAUGUAGAAUCCAGAAUUUGUCAGGCAAAAAUGUCAAACAGGAGGCAGGACUGUCGAGAAAACACACACACUUUUAAACCCUUUGCUCUGUCUGCCUCAUGUAUAGAUUACUGCUCCUUCUCCUUUACCUUGUUAUUCCUGUGAGUUGUGCUGAUAAAAAGUGACUGGAAGUUUAAUCUUUGUCCAAGCCACUGAAUACAUACAGCUAUUAAUUUCUCCCUCCUCUUCUGCCUCCUGCCCCCUCUUCCAUUCUCUUCUCUUACAUUUUCCCAUAUGGUGACUUUGGAAAAUUCCUCUCUGCAUAGGAAAGGACAGGAAAUUCUCUUUGGGAGAGAGAGUUGCCUAUUCCUCUCUCUCCCCCCUCUCCCUUUCUAGUUCUGCUGAUCACAUCUGGAAAGGAUCUGACUUGGGAAAGGGGGAAAGUGUUCGGCGCUUCGAGUGUGUAAUUGACAUGGCAUGAGCAAGCGGAGCCUGGGGGGGGGGGCAACAAGAGAAACGUUUUUCUCCAGACACUCAUCACCACCAGCUAAACAGAGUGGAAAUGUACUUAAAGUUCGGGUCCCUGUUCCCUGUGCUAUGGCUCUUGGCACUUAGCUCCAGCAGGAUUCAAGCUCGGAAGAAUGCAGACAGCAAUGAGUUCCCAGAAGAUUCAUCGGAACUAAUCGACCCAGAACGUAAUUCUUUGGCUCCAGAUUGUCCUAAAAAAUGCACUUGCAAUCCAGAAGGAAUUGUGGAUUGUGGAGGGUUUUCACUGAAAGAAUUUCCCAUAGAUGUACCAGAAUUGACAAGCCACCUUUCCUUACAGAACAAUCAGAUAGAAGAAAUCUUUCCAGAGGAGCUGGCACGUCUUUACAGGCUAGAAACACUCAACUUGCAAAAUAAUAGACUCACUUCCAAAGGACUUCCAGAAGAAGUGUUUGACCAGCUGGAGAACUUGAAUUACCUGUAUCUUGCCAAUAAUCAGCUCACGGCGGCUCCGAAAUGCCUCCCGAGGACCUUGAUCAGUGCUGAUUUUGCAGCCAAUAAUCUCACUAAGAUUUAUGAGCUCACAUUCGGACAGAAGCCAAACCUGAGGUCAGUGUACCUUCACAACAAUAAACUGGAAGAUGCUGGGUUACCAGAAAGCAUGUUCAAUGGUUCUGAUAAUGUGGAGGUCUUGAUCAUGUCCAGCAAUUUCUUAAAAUACGUUCCAAAGAAUUUACCAUCAGCACUGUAUAAACUACAUCUAAAGAACAACAAAUUGGAGAAGAUUCCUAAAGGAGCUUUUAGUGAGCUUUCAGGACUUCGAGAGCUGUAUUUGCAGAACAACAAACUGACAAAUGAGGGCAUGGACAAUGAAACCUUUUGGAAACUUUCGAGCCUCGAGUACCUGGAUUUGUCCAGCAAUAACCUUUCCCAGAUCCCAAGUGGCUUACCUCGAAACAUCGUCCUUCUCCACCUAGAGAAGAAUGCAAUUAAGUCAAUAGGCAGGGAUGUCUUGACCCAGAUCAAGAACCUGGAAUACCUUCUGCUUCACAAUAACAAGUUGAAGGCCCGGGGGAUCCACCCUCAGGCUUUCCAUGGCCUGAAGAAGUUACACACAGUCCACUUGUACAACAACCAGCUGGAAAAGAUCCCCAGUGGGCUGCCCAGACGGGUUAAAACUCUUAUGAUUCUUCACAACCAGAUAUCGGAAAUUAACAGAAAUGAUUUUGCUACCACUUAUUUUAUGGAGGAGCUAAACCUUAGUUACAAUAAGAUCACCAGCUCACAGAUUCAUCGGGAGGCUUUCCGUAAGCUGAGGCUACUGAAAUCUUUGGAUCUUUCAGGCAAUAAUCUCAAUACCAUGCCUUACGGCUUCCCAAAGAACCUGCUAAGCCUGAAACUGAAAGUGAACGAGAUCAGCUCUAUUCCCAGGCACACGUUAUCUGGGAUGUCAAAGCUGCAGGAGCUGUAUUUGAGCAACAACAAAUUGAAAGUUGGUUCAAUAUACAGUGGGUCGUGGCAGGAUCUCACCAGUCUCAAGAUAUUAGACAUAGCUGGCAAUCAGCUGACUUCUAUUCCCUCUGAUUUGCCAGAAUCUCUAGAGUAUCUGUACCUCCAGAACAACAAGAUUACCACAGUGCCAGAGAAUGCCUUUGAAUCCACACCCAACAUAAAGGGAAUUUAUCUCAGGUUUAACAAGAUUGCAUUCAAUGCAGUAAAAGAAAGCACAUUCCAGAGGCUGAAACAUCUACAGGUGUUGGACAUAGAAGGAAACUUUGAAUUCAGCGACCCUUUGAAGAAUAGGGACCAUUCGGAGGAGGAAAUGGAAGAGGAGGAGGAGGAGGAAGAACAGGAGGUCGAGGAAUAAUGAAGAUAAACUUCGAUUGAACCAAGUGUAUCACAUGGAACUCCUUCAGCAAAGCGGCAUGCAUCCCUGUGUUUAUGUAUCUAUAUAUAUCUGUAUCUCCAUAGAUAUACAGAGAGCAAACAGUGCAAUGAAUUUCAUGCAGGCGGUUGGCUCAUGUGAUGGUGCUUGGCCAGGCCAGCUGAAGAGAGUCUGCUCAUGUUGGGGGAGACCCCCAAGUGCCACCCCAUGUCUUAUACUUCAUCUUGUCCAAGUACUUUCUGGAUCAUCAGGGAUUCUGGGGGAAUUUUCAAAAGCUGGCUUUUGUCCCCCUUCUGUCACUUCUCUCACAGUUUUCCUAUGCAAAUGAAAGUGAAACUCUUUAGAGCAAGUUCCCUCAAACAGUGUUUCUGUGUCACUGCAUUUCAAUGAACCACUGCGCUCAGUGAUGGGAGAAGGGAGAGCAUCCCGUGUGGUUUUGUUUUGUAGAACAACCUGAGGCAUCUCAGAUGACAAUAAGACUGACUCACCACACUGGACAUUUCUGUCCCCUUUUUUGGUUCAGUUCAGUAUGUAUAUUUGGAUUAAGAAAGAAAUCCUAUUACGGCUGGAUCCCAUAUAUAAUUUAUCCCCAUUCCCAAAGCCUGCAAUAUGCACCCACCUUUAUGAAGGUUUAAAAUAUCAAAUUAUUAUGUUUUGUGAAAAUUAAAAUAUAUUUUUGCCUUUGA